AUGGAAAAAGGUACUCAACCAAAGUUGACUGUGUCAGAUGAUGAUAAAAAUUAUUCAUAUUAUCAUGCCAUUUGUGGAGAACACAAAACAGGAAAAACAACAUUAAUUAGAAAAAUAGUAAAUAAAAUUGAGCAAGAUAAAGUCAUUCAGUUCUAUUUCAAGUGGAAGAGAGUUAUGGAUGUCUUUAUGAGUACUUCUGAAGUAUAUAAAGAUUAUACCAAGAAUGGUGCUGUUGAAAAUAAUUAUGUUGCUGUGUUUGUUACUAUACAUAGUGUUUGGUCUCAUGCAGAGAAUCCAAUCGAAAUUGAAGCAGAAUUUCUUAAAGAUGAUAAAUAUUAUAAAACAGGAAAAAGUGUCAUCAGUGUUUUAUUGAAUUUCAAAGAAGUUAGUUAUAUUGUAUUUGAGGAAUUUUUUAAUAAUUAUAGAGAAUCCAAUAAAGUCUUAGAGAAAAAUAUAUUUGCAUAUCAUCCAGAAAGAAAUACUGUAACCUUUCAGUUAUACUUAGUAGAAUGUUAUAUUCAAGAUAAUGCUGACAUAUUUAUUAAAUAA